CAGAUUCUGUCUCGCCCCAGAGUCCCUCUCCAGCCUCCAGCACCCCGACUUCUCCAGCAGGACAGAUCCGACCAAGUUCCCUACACGGCUUGGCCCCAAAAGUCAGCAGUCAUCGCUACAAGGUUGGGCGCCGCAAAUCAACCAGCAGCAUCCCACCUUCCCCAUUGGCCUGCACUCCUUCCUCCGUCCCCCAACCUCCCUCCCCACAAAGAUCCCCUUCCCCACUUCCAUUGUUUACAAAGAACGUCCAGGCAUUCCAAGGCAAGACCUUGUCUCCGCCCACAAUGGUCCGUCAAGUGUCCCGGCCUCGCAGUGCAGACAGCUCCCGUUCCCCACUUCUCAAACGAGUCCAGUCCACAGAGAAAAUCCCUACUUCCCUGGCUGAAAAAGUGGUUGGCAGCCGGAAACUCACCCUGGAGACGCCCAACUUGGGAAAUGGAGGUGCCAGAGAGAAUUGCAUGGUCACCCUGGGAGACGCUGGUAUUUCUCGGCUUCGGGACUGGCCUGAGGAACGUCAAGAUCGAGACCACGAAGUCGUGGUGAUGCGGCGGCUGAACUUAUCUGAACGCCGGGACUCUUUCAAGAAGCAAGAAGCAGUCCAGGAGGUGAGCUUUGAUGAGCCAGAACUGACAUCCGGUGGUGAGGUCCCAGCAGAGAGUAAAGCUGGAGACUGGCAGCGUGGAUCUCAUGCAGCUUCCUGGGUAGAGGACGGGUCGUACUGCUCACCUGUCCCUGAUCCCCAGGUGCCCCUCGUGCCCGACAUUGCAGUGCAAGGGGAUGAGCCAGCAGGAAUCACAGCCACGUGGGAAUGCCAAGGAUCAUAUCCUGUCCAUCUGGAGGCCCGGGUCUACACUGAGCAAGAUGAUGGGACAAUGGCCGUUGAGUACAAGAGUGUCUCCUCCCAGCACUGGGGAAAUUGGGAACAGAGGGAGUCUUCGCCCACUGUUGCAGUCACGCACAGGACAACCCAUGGGGAGAAGGCAGUGAACUCACCUUCACCCUCCCGGAAGUAGCAAUUACCAGAGAAUUUGGAAAAAUGACUGGAAGACCUGUUAAAGCCACUUGUCCCUAGCGGAGUAAAGGGGGUGCUUCAAAGGAAGUAAGCUAAUGCCAAGGAUUGAGAACUUUGGGGUCCCAUUUUCAUUCUGCUGAUGGGGUCUUUUCCAGCUAUUUACCACAUCCUCCUCCUUCUUGGGCAGCACUCCGUGUUCCUCCUCACAGAGCAGGGUUGGUGGUGAUUCAGGCUGCAGAUAAAGGCAAUGCUGCUUUUUUACUAAUUAGAAACAUUCCCAUUUCCUAAAACCAAGCAUUAAACUUUCCCAUCCAUGCACUGAGUAUCUUCUGGAGUGUGAAUAUUCUCCACAAUUAAUAAUUUUUCCCACUGUCCCCUCGGCUACUGCCGAAUGUGAGAAAAGGUAACAAAUGAAGUAGUAAAAAGCAUACAAAAUAUCUUUUCUGCCUUGUGUACGUAGCUAGGGGCAGAAUUGGUUCAUUCUGGGGAGCCUCUUCUCUUGUAUUGAAACUGGUCAAAGGAGGUAUUGUAGCAGUGGUUGGAAAACUCCAAAUCCCAAUCCUGUGACAUCUGUAAACGUUGCAGUGCCUAUGUAUGCCGUUGAUACCCUAACCUAAUGCCAGCUCUUGUCUUGCAAACAUUUGAUCUAAAAUUGAGAAGAAAAGCUAAGGGGGUAAACAAAGAAAGAAAAUCAGCGUGGUCCUGUUCUGUUUAUAUCCAGAAACUUUCAUCCGAGAUUUCGGUUCCAUUGCAUUAUCUUUUCUAUCUAUGACCUUGAGACUUUCUUUUGGGGGGGGACUGUUGUGGGGAUUCCCAUUUGGUUGUAUCCUAGUUACUGUGGAAGAAUAAGGUGGGUGUUCUUCAUCCUGCACUAUUUCUAGAUCUACUGCAAAAUCCCACGAAAAGUGGGGAAAUGAGAUUUGGAUCACAUCGUCUCCCUCUUUACAUCUUCUCUGCAGCAAAUGGAAACUUUUUGGAGGGUUGGGGGGGUGUCUUCAAAAAGGUUUUGGAGGAGACUCUGUCUUUGAAUAUGAGUCAGUCACAUCAACACACCUUCCAAAUGAUGCACUCAUUCUCAGGAGGUCACAGCCGAGUGCGUAGAGGUUCGAAUUCAGCAAAGUACAACCGGUCGACUUAGGACCGGUUGUUUAACAACAGUUCAAAGUUAUGAUGGACUCAAAAAAGCUACCAGUUGUCUUCAAAGUUAUGACUGCCACACCACGAGUGCAGUUUGGGUGCUUGGCAGCUGGCUCGCUUUUACAACCAGUUGCGGCCUCCUGUGGUCAUGUGAUCACAGUUUAUGACAUUUUUAAAAUGACAUCCAGUCAACAUGGUGACUUGACUUAUGACCGCAACUACUUGUAACCAAAAUCCCAGGCUCAAUGGUGGUCAUAAAUCGAGGAUUAGUCAGUUCUUAUUGGCAUUUCCAAUGAAG